AUGAGCGUGGAUCCUUGGCCAAUGAUUAAGGACAUUCUUACAUGCCUUGUUGGUUGCACCGCAGACAACGUAGUAGUUAUCAAUGAUCUUGGAGAUAACCUCACGAACUUAAGUCAAAAGUUGGAAACUCUUAUGCAGCAUUAUGGAGAUGUGGAGAGGGAAAUUGGAAGAGCUGGGGGGAGGGAGCUGAAGGAUAAAAAUCGAGUAGAAGGCUGGCAGAAAAGGGUACGAGAGAAGGCAGAAGCCGUGAAGAAGAUCUUAGAGAAAGGAAAUAAAGAAACACAGCAAAAAUGUCUCGGAGGUCAUUGCCCCAAGAACUUCUGCUCUAGCUAUAAGCUUGGUCUGACGGUGCUCGAAGAGAUCACAAAAAUUGAAAAUCUAACUGAGGAGAAAAAAGAUUUUGAUCUUGAUUUUGUUGAGCCCCAGAUUUCUCCGGUAGAUGAGAUAGUUGAGAUGCAAACUUUUGGCCUAGAUUUGCCCUUCAAAGAAGUCUGCGAAUACAUUGAGAGCCAUAGUGUGGGAAUGGUUGGAAUUUAUGGUAUGGGGGGCGUUGGGAAAACGGCCCUUUUAAAGACAAUUCAGAAAAAGUUCCUUGAAAAGAAUAGUUUCAAUUUGAUGUUCCGGAUUAAGCUGGCCAGGGAUACAAGCUUUUCUGAGAACCAAAUCUUGGAAAAUGUUCAGAAUAAAAUCCGUGAUACACUAAAUAUCCAUGAAGACGUAUGGACAAACAAAAGCAAGAAGAGCAGAGCCAACUUGAUACGGGCAGAAUUAAAAAGCAAAACGUUUCUUCUGCUGAUAGAUAAUGUAGGGCCUAAGUUAGAUCUGUCAGAAGCAGGAGUUCCUGAGCUAGAUAAGAGCCCUGGUUCAAAGCUAGUAUUUACAGCCAGGUCCAAGGAUUCCUUGGCUAAGAUGAAGAAAGUCUGCAGAGGCAUAAAGCCAAUUGAAAUGAAAUGCUUAAAACUCGAGUCAGCCUUAGAUUUGCUCAAGUGUAGCUCCGAUAAUGUAUCAAAUGCUAAUGAAGAAAUCAAAAGGCUCGCUAAAGAUGUUGCUGAAGAGUGUAAAGGUUUGCCACUUGCUCUUAUUACUGUCGGAAAAGUCAUGGCUAGCAAGAAGAAUGCUGAUGAGUGGCGGCACGCAAUAACACAAUUGCAGAGUUAUCCAUCACAAUUUCCAGGUAUGGCAGGUGAUGUCUUUCCCAAAUUGAAAUUUAGCUACGAUAGCUUGAGUGGCGAUGUCUAUAGAAAGUGUUUCUUGUAUUGUUCUCUAUUCCCGGAGGAACAAAAGAUUCGUAAGCGUGAACUUGUUAACCUCUGGAUCGGGGAGAGCUUCAUACAAAAGUUUGCUGACAUAUUUCAAGCGCGUUAUAAGGGGGCAGAUAUUAUUGGGAAUUUAGAGCGCGCAUAUCUGUUGGAGAGUGGUGUUUCAGAUGAUUGUGUUGAAAUGCAUGAUGUUAUUCGUGACAUGGCUUUGUGGUUAAGCUGCGAAGAAGGAAAAAAUGAGGAAAAUGUUUUGGUAUCACAAAAUGCAGACGUGAUUCCCGCACUGGAUCUUGAAAAAUGGGCAAAUGCAGAGAGGAUUUCAUUAUGGGGUCCCACUUUUGAGAACCUCAGUGAAAUACGAUCUUCACGCUGUAAGACUCUGAUUAUCAGGGAAACAAAUUUGAAGGAGUUACCAGGUGAAUUCUUCCAGAAAUCCUUACAAGUCUUAGACUUGUCCCAUAAUGAGGACCUGACAAAGUUACCUGUGGAAGUGGGUAAAUUGAUUAAUUUGCGACAUCUUGAUCUUUCAUUUACUGGUAUAAAUGCGCUACCGUUAGAGGUUCGGGAAUUGAAGAAUCUAAAGACUCUUCUUGUAGAUGGCACGGAGAUGCUUAUACCAAAGGUUGUAAUAUCACAGCUUUUGUCGCUGCAAAUUUUCAGCAAGGAUAUUCGUCAUCCCUCGAAUGAAAAGACCUUGUUGGAAGGGUUGGAUUGCUUGAAACGCCUAAUUUGCUUGGGUAUCAUCCUAACCAAAUAUGAGUCCAUUGAAUACUUGUUGAACUCCACCAAGCUACAAAGCUGCAUCAACAACUUAACUCUUGCGGACUGCUCAGAUCUGCACCAACUUAAUAUUUCUUCUUCAUCCAUGAUAAGAAUGAGAACUCUAGAAAUGCUUGAUAUAAGGUCAUGUUCUUUAGAGGAGCUGAAAAUUCUACCUGAUGAUAAAGGUCUAUAUGGCUGCUUCAAAGAACUGAGUCGUGUAGUCAUUCGCAAGUGUCCAAUAAAAAACUUGACGUGGCUCAUUUAUGCUCGAAUGCUUCAAACUCUGGAGUUAGAUGAUUGCAAUUCCGUGGUUGAAAUAAUAGCCGAUGAUAUUGUGGAAACUGAAGAUGAAACCUGCCAGAAGAUAUUCUCACAACUCAAGCGUUUAGAUUUGAGUUAUCUAUCCAGCCUGCACACAAUAUGCAGGCAAGCCCUGUCCUUUCCUUCCCUCGAAAAGAUUACAGUAUAUGAAUGCCCGCGUUUAAGGAAACUUCCGUUCAAUUCCGACAGUGCUAGAACCAGUUUAAAAGAAAUACGUGGAAAAGAGAACUGGUGGAAUGGGCUGCAAUGGGAUGAAGAAGUGAAGAAGAUCUUCUCUUCAAGAUUUGUCAAGUUAGCUUACUAGUGCAUAUCACUUUCCGAUAUUCAGGCUUUCGACUAAUGAACGGUCUUCUAUUGACAGUAGAUAGUGCUCACUUUUACACAAACACAAGGAGAAUAUGUCUUUAUUCCUCAGAAUAUUAUGAUGUCCAUAUAAAGUGAUAAAGAGCUUAGUCCAGCUCUGUUGAGAUUCUUGAAAAUGAUAGUGAGAUUAAAUUCCUUCACAUAUAUGUAGAUCGGGAGAUCAUGACUAUACAUUGCAAUCAUGUUUAUCACCAAUAUUAGCACUAGUAUUAUUGUUUGACGCUAUUGGUUGCCUAUCUUGACCUGUUAUUACUACGCAAAUAAUCACUCAGAAACAUUUUGAUGAUUUUCGCCAUGAAUAUCUGAAGUUUCAUAAUUGUGAUUUGCCUGCAUGAAUGAUAAAUCUUACUUUAAAUAUCUAGACGUGGUCAAGAUAACUAGCUUGGUUU